AUGGCUCUCAAACAUGGAUUAUUCUUCUUGUUGACCCUUUCAUGCUUUGUUGCACAUGGAACAGCAACAAGGGACUUCUUGAUUAAUAAUCCAAAACAAGACCUAGUGGACUGCUGGAGCCACCUCAUUGAGUUAAAAUCUUGUUCUAAUGAGAUUUUGCAUUUCUUCACCAAUGGUCAAGCUGAUAUUGGGCCCAACUGUUGCUGUGCCAUUACAGUGAUAACCCAUAAAUGCUGGCCCGCAAUACUCAUUUCCUUGGGCAUCACGGCCCAUGAAGCUCAUUAUUUACGUGCCUAUUGUGAUGCGGCUACUUCAAGCCCAGCUCCAGCUCCAGCCCCUGCUGCUGAUGGAGAGGAGACGCCAUUUCCAAUAUAG